UUCAUCAAGUCAGUAACUCCGUGGCUCCCGUUCAAUUCGCUCUUGGUUUUCGAUAUUAAGUCCAUAUCGCUAUGGUACCUUAAAUUAUUGUCUUGUCUUGACACUACCAAAGCAAGCCAUUCAACUUUGGUCCGAGAGUGCAUCUUUUGAUUAAAACUUCAAUUAAAUUCCUUCUGCUCUUAUUAAAGUUUGCCAAAAGUGUUGUUGUAUUCUGUUUUAUUUGUUCGUCUCUUUUCGUUAUGUUGAAUGGUUUUUUGUUGCGCGGCGGCGUUAACUUUCCGUGUAUAGAAAACAAUAUCUUAAUAAAGGUAUCUGUAUCUACUUUUUGUAUUUUGUUUUCAAAGUAGCUAAGUACUUUUGUUCGUAUUGUGUGUUGACACGAAACAAGAUUUCGAAAUUAAGUAAAAGAUACUCAUCGCGCGAAAGUCAACCACCACCAAACCAAGGCCUGUGGACAAGAGAGAUAUAGUUUGGUCAGUCAAAACGGCCUAAAAGAAUCAUGAAGAGAUUUCCUUUUAACUAAAGACCUACAUCAAACUUGCUACAACCAAACAAGUUUGAGUGCAUACUCCUAAGCAAGUGAAAGCCAACCAAGUUCGGCAGUUUAACCGCCAAAUAGUCAAACAGCCAAACCACCAAUACUUGCGCCGGCGCGGCGCAACAGCCGUUCAGUGUGAAAGUGACACUUUCAUUUUUCAAGUACCUACCGCAUCAAUCGGAUCGCUAGCGCUGUUUGUUUACAUUUUUUUUUUAAACGUUACAAAACUCACGCAAAAGAUGAAUCAACUAAUAUCAAUAAUUGUGUAUCUUCUUCAUUAAAUUGAAUCAGUGGUAGUGUUAAGUAUUUGUCAGAUAACUCACCGGGUGAUAACUGAAUUUAAAGACUGAAAAGUGUUUUUUUUUUUUUCUUAUUUGUCUGUGCAAUUAACACAACCAAUCUAUUUUUUUUGUCGUUUUAUUUUGUUUUGAUUUUUGAAAAUGAAAGUGAAUUAUGUAAUAUUUCCGAAUGCCAACAGCUGAUACACUCGGGCGUAUACGUAUUAUUUAUUCGGUGCGAAAUAAAAUUGCAUUAGAUCGUACUGAAAUUGAAUAUACAAACAAAAUAUGUACAUAAUUUUAUUCAUAUAAAAUACAAACUAUACUCAUUGGUUCAAAGAUGCACGGAACAAUAAUCGUGGUGUUGAUCGCGUGCGUUGUGGUACAAACACUAACAGCAGAUUUCAACUUUAAAUGGCGAACACCUCAAAAGGAAGCUUUAGAUGAAAUCAAUGACAGAGAACUUUUAAAGGCUGUCCAAGAUUCUGUCAAAGAAUGGGAAUUGAAUCGAAAAACAAAUCAUAGAAAGAAGAGAGCCGUAAAAAGGGUUUGUUACAAUGAUGUUGGCUGUUUUGAUGAUUCUGGGCCUUUUAGUUAUUUGGAAAUGCUACCAGCAUCACCUGAAGAAAUAAAUACAAGUUUUUAUUUCUAUUCAACAAAAAAUAGGAGUGAACAACCUCUGAUGGAAAUUCCAUUUGUCAAUAUGACAUCAAUGUUUGCCAAACAAAAUCAAACCAGCCAAAAUGUUACGACCGAAACAACAACACCACUUACGAAAUCAUCGUUUACACUAGACGAUUUGCGUGGGCUUGACGAAUUAUCAAUUCGCGUUAUCGUCCACGGAUUUGGAUCAGCAUGUCCUCAUGUUUGGAUCUACGAAAUGAAAACAGCCCUAAUGGCUGUUGAAGACUGCAUUGUAAUAUGUGUUGACUGGGCUAGCGGCUCAACAUUUCCGAAUUACGUUAAAGCAGCUGCAAAUACUCGACUUGUGGGCAAGCAAGUUGCCAUGCUUAUAAAUAACCUUAAGGAGUAUAAUGGCUUGGACCUGGCCAAGACUCAUUUAAUUGGAUUCAGCUUAGGUGCUCAUGUCUCUGGAUUUGCUGGAGCUGAGUUGCCUGGACUGAGUCGUAUAACUGGAUUGGAUCCAGCUGGACCGCUUUUUGAAGCUCAACAUCCAAAAGUGAGGUUGGAUAGCACUGAUGCAACCUUUGUCGAUGUCAUUCAUUCAAAUGGAGAGAAUCUGAUACUAGGUGGACUUGGAUCUUGGCAGCCUAUGGGUGAUGUAGACUUUUAUCCGAAUGGAGGAAGAGUCCAAAACGGGUGCUCAAACUUAUUUGUUGGAGCUGUGACCGAUUUUAUUUGGUCUCAAAAUGUGGAAGAUGAAGAAGGUCGUUCGCUUUGUAAUCAUCGAAGAGCUUACAAGUUUUUUAUUGAUUCUGUAGCACCAAGAUGUCAAUUUCCAGCAUUUCCAUGUAACAGCUAUGACAAUUUUCUAAGUGGAAAUUGCUUCCCUUGUUCGAAAUACGAAACGAAUGCUACAAGUAAUGGGGCAAAAUGUGGCAAUAUGGGUUACUAUGCCGAUCGAUCUACUGGACGUGGACAAUUAUACUUGGUUACUCGUGAAGAAGAGCCAUUUUGUGCCCACCAAUUUCAGAUUCAAAUUUUCAACUCAUUUAACGACCUGCCUUUGAGAACAAUUGGCCGCAUAGAAGCUACUUUGGAGGGUGAGGGGGGUCUUAACGAGACUUUCCGUAUAUCAGAAAAAGAAGAUACCGAAUUUUUCGCAGGAGAUAUUGUUUCGAAAAUAAUAGUUCCUCAUCCGGCUUUAGGCUUUCCAACAAGUCUCAGUCUUCAAUACAAGUCGUACAGUGGUUGGUUAUCCAAAGGAUUACCACAUUGGGAUAUUGACAAAAUCGUUUUGACUGAUAGUUUUGGAAGAAGUCAUUCCUAUUGCAAGCCUCAAGUUAAAUUGACUUCAGGAACUCCAGUUCACUUUAAACUUGUUCCGGGAAAUUGUGAAAUUCCCAACGAAGAAGAUUACGGCACAUAUAUAACCGAAGAUACAACAGAAAAGGUUUCAACUGAAGGACCUCAUGAUGGUGAUGCUGUGGAAGCAAUUAAGAGAAGGAAAGAUGAGGUAAUUCUCAAGGCUCUAACAGAAAUAAAUAGAACCGAAAAACUUAACGAAACAACAGAAGGUCCAUGGCAUUCAAUAUUUGAAGGAAAUUCCUUAGAUAAAGAAGCUACAGAAACAAGUCGAAGUUUGUCAGAAAUUUUCGAGCCAAUAUUGAAGGAUCCACGAUCAGUUGUAAGUAGUGGCAGGAAAAUGCAAUCGGAUGAUGUUCUAGAUGAAAUUGUUGAACCACUUCUUCGGUCAACUACACCACGUCAACGGAUUAAGACAUCAACUGAUGGUUCUAGAUCGCAUAAGGACCUGGUUGUAAAUACCCCGGAAACCUUGACUGUACAACUUUUACCUUUCAAACUAAGUGAAUUGCUUGAACGCGCAGAAAGAUAUGCAAGGGAAACACUUCUUCCACUUAUAUCGAUUCAGGCACCAAAAUUCUUUAAUCUGGGCUUUAAAGAAGAGGAAGGAAGAGACGAACGUAAGCCAAGAUAUAUUCCUCGAAUUGAAGAAGAGAAAUUCCGUCGUGAACUAAACACAACCCACGCAGUAAGAAAACAAAGUAGUCAAGUUUAUAAUCUAGUACCUGCUGAAACAGAAACUCAUCGAAACAUUUUUGACUUUAUGCGUCCAAUGCAGAACAAAGAAUCAACGCAAUCUUCCAAUGAGGUAUCAUAUUAUGCCAAUGACUUGACAGAAUCAAGGGCUUUGAAGCCCCUCGAUGAAGUUCGUGAGCUUGUGCAUAUAGAUCUUCCAACAUAUAGACCUACAGUGAGAAAAACUUCCGAUCGAAGAAGAAGCUUGCAAAGAAACUAGUAUUUUUGAUAUACUAUUAUG